CAACCAAUACUGGAAUCGCACCUUAUCAUCUGAUGUCAGAAGCCAGGUAACUCAGCCCUUUUCUCAGAAAAGGGGAAGUUUCUACCAGGACAGAACAUUCCAGCCGUCCUUGUAGAGGAGAUUCAGUGUGUCAACACCCACCUCCAUGCCUGAACGGUCCUUUGGUGAUUUUGGAGAUUCCUGAUGUAAUUGUCUCAAGGACUUAAACAGACUUUGUGAGAGCUUCAGUGAGCAUAAGAGAGAGCAAACUAAACAUUCAACAGGAGAAAGAGACUGGAGAUAUGGCGUCUUUUGGUUUGGAGUUAGUAGGCGUCACGCUUUCAGUCCUUGGCUGGAUUCUCAACAUUGUUUGCUGUGCUUUGCCUAUGUGGAGGGUCACGGCGUUUAUCGGCACCAAUAUCGUCACAGCACAGGUGUACUGGGAGGGUAUCUGGAUGAGCUGCGUGGUUCAAAGCACCGGACAGAUGCAGUGUAAAGUCUACGACUCCAUGCUGGCUCUUCCUGCAGAUCUACAGGCGGCUCGCGCUCUGGUGGUGGUGGCCAUCAUUGUUGGUGUCCUUGCGCUCUUUGUGGCUAUUGUGGGAGCCAAGUGCACCAACUGCAUUGAGGAGGAAGCGGCCAAAGCCCGUGUGAUGAUCAGCUCUGGAGCGGCUUUUAUAACUGCUUCAGUCUUGCAGCUUAUUCCUGUGUGCUGGUCAGCACAUACUGUUAUUCUUGAGUUCUACAGCCCACUGGUACCAGAAGCUCAGAAGAUGGAAAUUGGGGCAUCGCUCUAUCUGGGCUGGGCUGCUGCGGCAAUGUUGCUUGUCGGAGGAUCCAUCCUGUGCUGCAGUUGCCCACCAAAAGAUGAAACGAGGUACCCUCCGCAAAGUCGUAUCGCCUAUUCAGCCCACCACUCAGUGGCUCCAAGCACCUAUAACAAGAGAGACUAUGUCUGAGGAGCUCAGAGGACUUUUUUUGUAGCUGUCAGUCUUUCCUUGAAAGAUAAUUGUAAACAUAUGUGUUAGAGGUAACUCGGUUUUGUUUACUUUUGCUCCAUGUAAAAGUUUGGGUUUUGUCCAUUGUCACUCCACAUUGUAGUUGCGUGAUUCGUUUUGUCGUAGUUCUCUGUUAGGAUUGCGUUUCAAAAUCCAUUUAUAAGUUGAUUUAAAGUGAGAAAAUGUCAGUGUUUAUAUUUGUGUAGCGUUGUGUGCUUUCAUUUACUGUUAUUUUCCAGUUUUUACUCUUUCACCAAAGUUGGUUGAGAAGGAAUAUUUUUAUACUUUCAUUUAAAAGAAUUAAACAUGAUCUGCUAAUCCUUCAAAUGAGAAAUCUUGUACUAAUAUGAUUGUAACUUGAAUUGUAAUCAACUGUGUAAAUGUUUAGUUGUGUCUAAUGCUUAUUUCAGUAUUGUUCUCAUUCUUAUUCAUUGAAAAAGUGCUCAAAAAUGGAUAGAGGACAGUUUAGAUAUGGAACAUGUCUAGAAAGCAGCUUUGGGCUUUUCAUUUUUCUUUCCUACAGUCUAUCUGUGUACGUGUUACAAAAUACAAUAUUAGAGAAUGUAUGUAAAACCACAAAAAGGGAAAAUGCUUUUGAUUUAUUUCCCAUAUUUGAGAGACAGAAAACAGACUGAAUUCAAGCUCGUAAGUUCAAGCUCCUCUGGACAAAACAACAGAGAAACUCUGAGACUCUGUGCAGGCACCUCCCAAAGUUUCCUCACAUUAUAUACUUUGCACACUUUCA